UGUUGGUGAGGUUAAUGGACGACGAAAAUAGUUUUGAUAAAUAUUUAGAAAGUAACCAUUCAAAUAUGUAAAAUCUAACACAGAAACAGGAAAACGACCUUCUCUGUUCGAUGUUAUUUUAAUCCUCAUCUUAUUAUGUUACGCUGUUGUAGAUAUCACUGUAAUGAAGUUUCUUUGUCAUGGAAAUAGUUUUCCUUACUAUCGAUCGGUUACGAAAGAGCAUUUUUCUUACAUUGUUUUGUAAAUUGCACUAACAGUUUAUUUUGGAUAAGCAAAUUGUUUUCAAGUUGCUUGCGUCAGUCUCUAGUUGAAGUUCCGUAUUGAGAUAAGACUACGUCUUUUCUAGUGUUUGUUCACAAGCGUGGUAUUAUGGUGUUUACAUUCACUAUUAGUUCCACUCACACGGUAGAACUCACUUAAAACCUCACGAAGUGACGAAACGUUUACUCCCAUGCAUAAGAUGAAACAAGUAGACUGAGCUACUCUGCAUUCUGUUCCUGAUAUCACGUCCAUGUAUUGUUGCUCCUUUCUUUCCCGGUUGGGCGUUGGGAUGGCGAGCAUGAGUUCCACGCUCGUCGAGACGGUCUCCAUCAACUAUGAGGACUUUAACGAGAGCUUCCUCACCUGCGGCACGUGUCUGUGCACUUACGAUGGUGGAGAACACACGCCCAAGCUCCUGCCGUGCUCGCACACAGUUUGCUUACACUGCCUCACGCGUAUAGCCGCCUCACAGACCCGAGAUUCCGGGACAUUCCGAUGUCCCAUCUGCCGCGAGCUCAUCACCAUACCGCGCGGAGGCGUACCGGCGCUCCCACCGUCAUUCCUUGUCAACCAGCUGCUAGAUUUAAUGGCACGACAGCGCAGAGAAGUCAUCCCCCAAUGUAGCUCCCAUCCUGGAAGAGAACUGCUCUUCUGCGAGACCUGCGAUUGCGUUUUCUGCAGACACUGCGCCGACGGCCCUCACAGCGAUACGCCCUGCGACCACACCGUUGUACCUUUCUCCAUAGCAUUGAAGAGAAUGUCUGAGAUUCUCUUAUACAGAGCUAAUGAGUGCUUGAGCAAACUUGGGUCGGCUCGAGAGGCGGUUGCUAACGAGUUGAGAAGAUUGGAAGCGGCUGCGACAGCGGCUGACGAAGCUAUUGAUCGGCAUUUCGCGGAUUUAAAGGCAGCACUGGACAAACGUCACAGCGAACUGAAAUCGGCGGCAGCGGCUGCUGCCACGCACAAACGAAAACUUCUAGAAGAGCAGUUGAAGUUGAUUGAAGCUGAAAAAACGAAGGUGGAGGCGGAAUGCUCAGGUCUCCAGCAACAAGUUGAAGUCCGAGAAGUGAGCAGUCGCGCCGCAGCCCUAGGCGCGCGCUUAGGCGACGCGGCAGCCCUAGCGGAGCCCCGCGAGAACGCUUUCUUAGCGGUCGACUUCGCCCAUAACGACGCGCAGCAGAGAUUCCACGAAGCGCUGGCCGAGUUGGGAAGAGUUCGAACUAGUACUACUUUCCCUGGAUUAUGUACUUUGCAGUUGGAAUCUCAAUGCGUAUGUGGUUUGGAAGUGGUCGUGGUAUUACGCACAGUGGAUUAUCACGGCGAAGCUCGCAGUACCGGCGGCGACCCCGUGACGGCGGCCGCUACGCUCGACGACGCGCCGCUACCCUGCACCGUUACCGACUUGGAUUCGGGACUCUACAGAAUCACAAUGCGUCCCUGGAGCGCGGGUACCAUCUGUCUCCGCGUGCUGGUAUUCUCGCGAGCGGUGCGCGACUCGCCGCUACGGACUAACGUACUGCCGAGCGCCGCGCCUUUGCUUGUAUGGGGAGCACGAGGAACUGGGAAGGAGCAGUUGAACCAACCUGUAGCUGUGGCUAGGUGUCCUAAACGACGAGAGAUUUACGUGUUGGACGCUGGAAACUCUCGAGUGAAGGUGUUGGACGAAGAUACGUUCGCUUUCAAGACGCAUAUUGUGAACGAAGGUUUGGCGGGACGGAGUUGCACAGGGAUUGCGGUGACGGCUGAGGGAGUGGUCGCUGUCAAUUGGAGAACUCGAACUCUUACUGAGGUGAACAGCGAAGGAUCUACAGUGCGCACGAUUCGCUCGGACCGCUUGGUCGAGCCAGUAUGCGUAGCCGCCGAUAUCGCGUCGCGGCGCCUGGCCGUGGCCGAUAAUGGAGCUAGGACCGUCUUCCUGUUCGAUAGCCAGGGCAACAUCGAAAGAGAGGUGGGCGGCGGCGAGCUCGGCCUAGUCGGCGGUCUAGCGCUAUCGGAGCGGCUCCUCGUGGUAGCCGAUGUGUGCGUGCGCGUAUACGAUAUAUGCGGCGCGCCGCUGCACACGCUCGCGCCCGUGCCUAAAGGGCGCGGCGGCUACGGCGGCGUAGCCUUAGAGGAAUCCGAGAGCGGGCUCCGCAUAGUCUGCGCGCGAACGGUCCGCGGCCGACCUGCAUUAGUCGUGCUAGAGCCAAGCGGUACAGGCAGAGUGCUAGCAGCAUGCGAGCUGGCCGAUAAGAAGCCUCGCAGGGUCGCCGGGAUCACCCUACUGCCUAACAAGAGGGUGCUGUUGGCCGACUUGGCCGGGGACUGCCUUCGGCUGCACACUUACUGGUGA